AUGCCGGCGCCAACGCGCAUCACGCGACCGGUGGUGGAGCCCAACAAGGGGCAAGGAAUCGGACUGGUGACCGUCACCGGCAAAACGACGCUCCACCAGUCGCGGACCCGAUUCCUGCCGGUGGAGUUCGAUCGGCAUGGCAAAGCUACUCCCAAACCGGAUCCGCUCCGACCGGCGAGCGUUCAGGAUUUCUACAAACUGCGCGACGAGUGCCUUCGCCGUGGCACCCUCUUCGAGGAUCCCGAAUUCCCGGCCGAUGAUUCGUCCCUCAACGUGGCGCACCUGACCAGCCGUUCGAGCCAGUUCAAGUGGAUGCGCCCGCGGGAACUAAACCCGGGUGCUGUCUUCUCGUCCGAUGGCUUCUCGCGGUUCGACAUCCAGCAGGGCCUGCUCGGUGACUGCUGGCUGCUGGCGGCGGCCGCCAAUCUGACCGUGCACCCGGUCCUGUUCCAUCGUGUCGUCCCGGACGAUAACGAUGGGCUGGACGGGAACGCACGUUACGCCGGAAUCUUCCACUUUCGCUUCUGGCGCUUCGGCCACUGGUACGACGUGGUGGUGGACGAUCGGCUUCCGACGCUCCACGGUCAGCUGGCGUACAUCAAAUCGUCGGCGAAGAACGAGUUCUGGAGCGCACUGCUAGAGAAGGCGUACGCCAAGCUGUUCGGAUCGUACGAAGCACUCAGCGGAGGAACGGCCAGCGAAGCGAUGGAGGAUUUUACCGGUGGCCUUACCGAGGGCUACGAGAUGAAGGGUGCUCCGAAGGAUCUGUUCGAACGGAUCGAGAAAGGGUGCGCCAACCUGGCCAUGUUUGCCUGCAGCAUCGAGGCCGGUGCCGGGGAGAUGGAACAGGAGACGCCGCAGGGGCUGGUGAAGGGUCACGCUUACUCGAUCACCAAGGCGCAGGCGGUGGACAUUGAGACGCCCCGGGUGAAGGGCAAGAUCCAGCUGCUGCGUCUGCGCAAUCCGUGGGGCAACGAGAACGAGUGGAACGGUGCGUGGUCGGACAAGAGCGCCGAGUGGGGCUUCAUCAAGGAGGAGACGAAGCACGCGAUCGGUCUCACGUUCGAAGUGGACGGCGAGUUCUGGAUGUCGUUUCCGGACUUUGUGAAGUACUUCGAUCGCGUCGAAAUGUGCCACAUCAGCCCGGACUGUCCGAUCGCGCAGCGAGAGGGCCGGUUCGGGUGGCGUCAGUCGUCGUUCGAGGGCGAAUGGGUGAUUGGCAGUACGGCGGGCGGGUGCCGUAACUAUCUGGAGACGUUCUGGCACAAUCCCCAGUACGUGAUCCGGCUGGAGGAUCCGGACGAGGACGACGACGAGCAGCAGUGCACACUGAUCGUGUCGCUGAUCCAGAAGAACCGCCGCUCGAAGCGCAACAAGGGCAUCGCCUGUCUGACGAUCGGGUUCGCGUUGUACCGGGUGGAGCCGGGGGAUCUGCAGCAGAAACCACUGCCCCGCGACUGGUUCGCUAGCCACCUGAGUGCGGCCAAGUCCACGUUCAUUAACCUGCGUGAGGUGACGUGCCGGUUUCGGCUAGCGCCCGCCACGUACGUCAUCGUGCCCUCGACGUUCGAUCCGAACGAGGAGGGCGAAUUCAUGAUCCGGGUGUUCUCCGAGUGUCCCAGCAAUUUGCAGGAAAACGACAGCCUCAUCAAACUGGACUCCGUACCGACGGCCUUUCGUGUUUGUGUCUCGAUCUCACGAUCUCCUUCUGUUCGCCCGCAGAAUCCCACGGUAACCGAUGCGCAGCGAGCGGCCAUGGAGCGGCUGUUUGUCGAGGUCGCCGGAGAAGACGCAGAAGUCGACUGGAUGGAGUUGAAGCUUGUGCUGGAUCGAUGCUUCCGGGAGGACAUUGCCAAGGCGGCCCGCGGCAUCUCGCAGUCGUACCAAACGUACGCGUUGCCACCGCAGAAAGACCCGUCAGGGUCCAACACGGACGCAGCCAGCAUCCGGAACGAUAUCUGUGGCGUUUGGCCGAUGCUACAAACGUUCUUCCGGAACUUGGCCGGUGGCGAUAAUCGCCCCGCGCUAAACGGUACAACCGCGGCCGGUAUAGAAGCGGACCUAAUGCUUAGCGAAAGUGCCACACAAACGCGCGCUGAUCCCUCGAAUGCGGGCUUCUCGAAGGACGCUUGCCGUGCCAUGGUCGCCAUGCUGGAUGAGGAUGGAUCCGGGAAGCUGGGCCUUGCGGAGUUCCAGAAACUGCUCACGGAGAUCUCACGCUGGAAGGCUGUCUUCAAACAGUACGAUCAGGAUCAGAGCGGUCGCAUCAAUCCGUUCGAGUUGCGGGCCGCCCUUCAGUCGGCCGGAUACAGUCUUAACAAUCACAUCAUCAAUAUGCUAAUGCACCGGUACGGUUCGCGUGAAGGUGAAAUUUGGUUCGAUGACUUUGUCACCUGUGCCGUCAAGAUCCGCACCAUGUUUGACGCUUUCCGCGCAAAGGACUUGGGCAACCAGAACGUGGCGCGCUUCACGCUCGAGGAAUGGAUUGCCAAAACCAUUUAUUCGUGAAUUAUGCCGUACUGCCG